UGCACAUUAAAUUUUAAAGGAGGUUGUCCAUUUCGCUGGCUCUUGUCAUUUGAAUGUUGGAUUUACUUCAGGAACAAAUGUACUGUGAUUGAUGUUAGAUUAAAGAACACCAAGUCAGACCAAAUUUGACCCCGUUCUAACUGGUGGAUCAGUUGUUUGAGUUAGCUUUAAGUGAGUUUCACUGAAGUUUCUUGGCCUUUGGCUAGUUUCAAUGUGAGAGUGAGGAUCUCCGCCAGAGUAUGGCUCCGUGUCUGUAUUAUCUGUUUUGUGGCCGCUGUUACUGUUGUCUGUCGGAGAAUGAGAAAAUUGCAUUGACUAUCAGCAAUCAAAUUGACAAGGAGACAAAGCAGCUGAAACAGAAGCAACUGAGAGAACUCAAACUCCUAGUUUUAGGCACUGGAGAAAGUGGCAAGAGCACAUUCAUCAAACAGAUGAGAAUCAUCCAUGGGUCUGGAUACUCAGAGGAAGACAGGAAAGCAUUUGCAAAGUUGGUCUUUCAGAACAUUAUCACUGCAGUACAGUCCCUUGUCAGAGCUAUGGACACAUUGAAUAUACAAUAUCAGCUGCAGGAGAAUAAGGAAAAUUUGUAUAAAAUAAAGGAUUUGGAAGCCUACAAAAUCUCAACUCUUGAAAGACAGCAUGUGGAUGCAAUUAAAAGCUUAUGGAAUGAUACAGGAGUGAGAAUGUGUUAUGAACGACGUCGGGAGUAUCAGUUGCUUGACUCUACAAAUUAUUACCUGACAGACAUUGAUCGUAUUGCAGCCAGUGAUUACAUCCCAACAGAUCAAGAUGUCUUGAGGGUUCGAGUACCAACAACAGGCAUCAAUGAGUAUUCAUUUAACAUGCAUACAGUAUCUUUAAGAUUAGUGGAUGUUGGAGGACAGAAGUCUGAGAGGAGGAAAUGGAUUCACUGCUUUGAGAAUGUCAUAUCGAUUAUAUUCCUGGCCUCUCUCAGUGAAUACGAUCAAGUCCUCGAAGAGAGUGAGAAUGAGAAUCGAAUGCGGGAGAGCCUGGGUCUUUUUCACUUUAUUCUGAAAUCCAACUAUUUUGUCAAUUCAUCCAUCAUCCUGUUCUUGAAUAAAAAGGAUAUUUUGGAAGAGAAAAUUAGAAAGUCGCAUUUAGUGGACUACUUUCAUGAAUUUGAUGGACCUAAACGGAAUGCUGAAGCCGCCAUGGACUUUAUCGAGACAAUGUAUCUACGCCAAGUUGAAGAGGGGAGAAGAAUCUUCUCACACUUCACCUGUGCCACAGACACCGAUAACAUCCGCAAAGUGUACUUGGAUGUUAGGGACACUGUCUUGUUUGGAAUCUUACAAGACCUGGAUUUAUUAUAGAAAGACAAGAUAAAAGUGGUGUCUUUAACUUUCCCAAUACAGCUUGGCUGAGAACAUAAAAAUCCUUAGAAGUCAUAUCAACACUCCUAUCAAUGACAUGUUUCUUCAGCUGUUGCACCGUAGAUUUGAAAAGCACUUAUUUCCAAAAUGAAACCUUUCUGGAACUAUUUUUGUGAUCAUAUUACUGUUAAUCUUCACACAGAUCAACAAACUUUAAAGUGAAGAUUAACUGGAGAAGGAUGGUCAAAUGAUGAAGAAACUGUAACAUAUCUUCAUGAAUUUUCCAAGGGUUUGUUCACUGAUUUUGACAAUCUAUAGUUUGUCUUUAAAAGCCAGGUUAAUUACUAUACUCAGGAAUGGAUGUUUGUACUGAGUGAUCUCAAGAUCAGAGGUAAACUGGCGGUAAUGGCGAAGGAGGCCAUGAUCCCAGCACAUUCAGGAUCAUGUGCAAGGAGGAAAGAAUAUCACUCACUCUUUGCAAGUCACCCCAAUGAAUACUGAAUUGACGCUAUCUUCCUUCAGGCCUGAGAUGAUGUGUAGCUCAUGCCCAGUGACACAAUUCACCCCUCUUGCUCAAGAACACAGAGCUUGGUGUUUAUCCUGGAGUUGCCAAUUCUGCUUGGAUAUAUAUCAUAAAAUCAUAGAAUCCCCACAGUGUGGAAACAGGCCAUUUGGCCCAUCAAGUCCAUUCUGCCCCUCUGAAAAGCAUCCCAUCUAGACCAAACCCUUACCCUAUUAGCCUGUAUUUUCCAAGGGUAAUCCACCUAACCUGAGCAUCCUGGACUCUAUGGGCAAUUUAGCGUGGCCAAUCCACCUAUCCUGCACAUGU